AUGAAUCCUUAUCAGCAAAUGGCUUUUACUGGCUCGCCCCAGCAGCAGCCACAGCCACAGCCGCAACAUGCGAAUAUGUACACGGCUACCACAACUCCAACGAAUCACAGCCAAUCGAAGAAGCGUCAAUCAGAUUUGGAGGAAGCUCUGAAGCAGUACAAGAAGAAGAAACCAACAGACAGAUCACUUCCUCCUUCCGUCCAAGCCAUCGAAUCAGUCAGAGAGCAAUCAAAGAUGUACGACGAUCUCACUCGUUUUGAAAAGAGACUGGAUAUGAUUGCUGCUCAUAAGCGUGCACAGAUUCAUGAUAGUCUGCAAAGACCUGCGAAAACUACCAGGCAGCUACGCGUUUUCCUUUCAAAUACAGCCUCCGGUCAACCAUGGCAGCAGCGGGAACAGCAGCAGUUUGGAGAGAUGGUCAAUUUCGAAACAGGCGCUGGUAUUCCAGCUUGGACGUUUAAAAUUGAGGGAAGAUUGCUCGAUGGGACUACAACUAAAGCAAACAGAGGCGCCCCGAAGAAAUUUUCAUCCCUCUUGAAAUCAAUGAUUGUGGAAUUUGAUCGUGACUCUUCAAUUUACCCAGAGUCAUCGAUUGUUGAAUGGCAUAAGCAGCCCGGUGAGAGUGACAAGGAUGGUUUUGAGAUCAAAAGGAGGGGCGAUCAGGCAACAAAGGCCAAAAUAAUCCUCCACCUCGAUCAUAUGCCUGAAAAGUAUGGUAUAAGUGAACCACUUUCACAAUUGCUCGGGAUCAAAGAGGAUUCCAGGGCUGGUAUUAUCACUCACAUGUGGGCAUACGUGAAGCAAAAUAACUUACUCGAUAAAGAGGAUAGAAGGGUUAUCAAAGCCGAUUCCAAUUUGAAGGAGAUAUUCCAUGCUGAUUCCAUCUACUACCAUGAACUGCCUGAUGUCGUACAAAAGUAUUUGAUUCCAGUUGAGCCAGUUGUACUGGAGUAUACGGUCAUGGUGGAUAAAGAGCUAACACAGUCAGAGCAUGCAUUCGAUAUCAAUAUCGACGUUGAAGAUGCAAUCAAGCAGAAGAUGGCAAAUACAAUCACAGCUUACAUGCCAAACCACGAUUUGUCUCAAAGGAUUGCACAGCUGGAUGAGGAGAUUUCUCAGACAGCGAUAGCAGUGAGGAAUGCUAUCGUUAAGAGGGACUUUUUGGAUGAGUUUAGUAACGAUUCAGCAGCAUUUGUCAAGAAUUGGAUCAAUAGCCAAUCAAGAGAUCUCGAUUUGAUACUGGGGUCAGAGCAUGCCAAUGUGCCGGUGGAAGAGAUGCGCAGAGCAGAUUUUUAUAGGCGCGACUGGGUGCAAGAGGCUAUCAUCGUCGCAGAAUCGAAGUUAUUCGCAGAAAAAAAGAGCCAAUUGAGUCAAGCUAAGCAAGGCAAUUGA